UGAUUUUGAUCAUAUUGGAAACGCCCUCAUUCACGCACAUUUCGUUUUCUGCCCACUUUUAGCCCGUUUUACGACCUGCGGGCCACUUUCUCGUUGUUCUACAGGUUCAUCUUCUGCAAAAACGUCUCGACCACGGAUGCACGGAUGCAACUUUCGGCAACUUAGUAGGUCUUCCCGGCUGACAGAAAGCAAUGAAAGCAAAGGAUGGAUGUGGGAUGGAGGCAUCCCUCUCCUACUGCUAGCUUCUAGGUUCUUAGGAAAGCAGCGCAGCAGCGGUACAAAAGCACACCAACUACCAACUUUUUAAACGUAAACAACUCGGAGCUUGAGCAGAAGAGGAAAUAAUGGCCAACGAAUUUUCGGGAUUCAUCGAUGGAAUUGAAGGGAUUUCUGUUGACUGCUUCAGAAAGGAAAACUUGCAAAGAUGCGACUUGUUUUUUCUUUCAAAUUACCACAAAGAGGAUUUUCAGCGCUUUUGUGGGCAGGCCGUCAAUCGAAGCCGGCAAUAUUAUGUCAGUCCCACAAAAACACUCUACUGCAGCCUCCGCACUGAGCAAAUGAUAAUGAAUGUGAUGGGUUCAGUCUCAUUUUCAGGAUUCAAAAUAGAAGUAUUUGAUAUCGAUCAAACCCUUAAAAUUCCCCUACCCAAUGGCAGGGAACUGAAAGUGACGGCGAUUGAUGCAAAUCAUUGUAUGGGCUCCAUAAUGUUUUUGUUUGAGACGGAGCAGAAAAUUGUUCUCUACACAUCUGAUUUUCGUUGCACAACAGACCAAGUGCAGCAAAUAAAAGCUCUACGCAACCUAGACGGCAGCUACAAAAGUUUAGAUACACUGUAUGUUGACUGCUCUUUUUUGGAGCAUCAUUAUUUUGAAUACCCAACUGUAGACAAUUUGGCUCGCGUCUUAAUUGAAAAGAUAGAGAAGUUUGAAAAUCCAAAUGAAAAAGUCCACAUACAUUCAAAUGAACUAAUAAAGGAGACACUGAUGAUCAAGAAGCUCUCAAUGCACUUUGUGAAAAAAAUUCACAUCUCAUCUGACAUAAAAAAGAUGUAUAACAAUGUACAAAAUAUGGAUAAGUAUAUGACUGAUGCUUCUGAGACGAGCAUCCACAUGUGCAUGUCUUCUUCUUGUGACAUCAACGGCAUGGGCUUGAGAAUAAAAUUGAAAGAUACUGUGCCCGAAAACAUCACUGAGGAAGAAGAAUCAAACUCGCAAAUGAUCGAAGAAAAUGGACCUGAGCUCACUGUGGCACACACCAUUCAUGCGACAUUCGACGAAGUAAAGGGCUUGAUGCAAAUUUGUAACCCAGCAAAAGCAAUACCCUGCGUUAUACCAAGGAAGACCACAAAGGAACAGGCUGAAUACAAGUUAAAUGUCAUGCUUGAGGAGGCAACGAAAAUUGCAGAAACGGAACACUUCCAAUUUGACGGCUUUAUAGAAGGUUUUGAUGGAAUUGCUGUUGACAGAUUCAACGACAAGCAUGUACAAACUUGCUCUGCCUUUUUCCUCUCUCACUGCCACCUCGAUCACAUGCAGAAUAUUGAAAAUCUUCUGGAAACCCCGUUUCAAAACUCAACUCUUUAUUGUACUGAAGAGAGCUUCAAAAUUCUGAACAACAUAAAAGAAAAUUUAAACUUGCAAGGAAGAUAUUAUGACUCAUUCUUCAGAAAGAUUCAACCUCUAAAAUGGGGUGUGAACUCAAUUCAAAUUGAUGUAAUGGAGAGGUGCUAUGACCCGAACCUACCGGAGAGGGAUGCAUCACAUUCUUAUACAAUCACAGUCACCACAAUUCCUGCCAAUCACUGCUUGGGCUCUUGCAUGUUUCUAUUUGAAAAUUCCAUAAACAAAGAAACGGUGCUUUUUACCGGUGAUUUUCGUUUCUAUGAAGUCCAGCUUCCAAAUAUCAAGGAGCUACAUUCUGAGGAUGGAACUGUCAAAGAAUUGGACUUGGUUUAUUUGGACACUACAUUUUUCAACCAAGUGAACCAGAAGAAAGAUUUUCCAACUGAAGACGAGAGCUUGCAAAUGAUUGAAAGCGAAAUCAAAGAAUAUUUUGAAAAGGACAAAUUUGCAUUCAUUGAGAUCAGGCAACCAGCAUACCUUUGCACUGGAGAAAUCUACAAGAGAUUAAGCCGGACAUUUGGAAAAAAAAUUUGGGUUCAUGAUAAGCAUGCCCAAUAUUACAAAGGAUUCAAAGAUAUUGAGUCAUGCUUGGUAACAGAUUCCUCGCCGAGACGAAGCAGCAUACAUAUUUGCAGGACAGGGUCCUACACUCAAAAGAGUAACAGAUAUCCGUAUUGGAACAGCACAAGACAAUGCAAACCGUACUAUGUUGAGACAUGUGUGAGAAUUUAUUCAACUGCAAUGUACUUUGCAAGUCAGUUGGAAAUGACAAGUCGGUUGGAACUUGAACGAAGAGAGGCUGAUCACAAUAGAGAUGUUCGCAUAGCUAUUUCAAAACACAGUGGGCACAAAGAAAUUGUUGCUUUUCUCCGUUACUUCAAACCAAAGCAAGUCGUUGCUUGCGUGGAUAACCCAAAGGGAGGCUCCACCAUGGGAGAGAUCCAGAGUGACUUAAACAAACUUGUCGACGAAAUCAAUGCCAACAAGAAAUUAACCUCCCAAAGUCCUGCCAAGAGAAGGAAACUGAACUGAACAAUAGUAAUUUUUGAG